GCCAACUAGGUAUUGUAAAUACUAGCAUUUCUCACUCUCGUUGAGCCGCGUCAUCUAGGGUGAAAAACCUUCUGUUGACGAGAACCAUUCGGUUCAAUUUUCCUUUACCACGAAUCAUUAUCAAUGUAAUCAUUGAUGAUCGUAUGACUCAGCACUAAAGAUCUUACGAAAGCCAUCAUCUUCCAACGCAAGCUGCCCAUCUCAAGGACCAAAGGGGUCUCCGUAAUAUCUUGCAUCUUAUCCUCAACAGCCAUGUCCACAGACUCGGAAGACGAUCGUUACAUCGUAUGGUUUGACAUAGACAAUACCUUGUAUUCCACUAGUGCUGAUGUGUCCCGGGCCAUGGGCAAGAGAAUUCACGCCUACUUUUUGACCUUGGGCUUAGAUGACAAGGAGGCCUCUGAGCUACACUUGAGAUAUUAUACACAAUAUGGACUUGCACUGGCUGGAUUGGUCCGGCAUCACGCCGUAGACCCGUUAGAUUUUGACGAAAAGUGCGAUGGUUCACUGCCUCUCGAAGAGAUGAUAGAGCCCGACCCCUUCCUUCGCAAACUCUUUGAAGACAUAGAUCGGAGCAAAGCACGUGUGUGGGCUUUAACUAAUGCAUAUCGUCCACAUGCAGAGCGUGUUCUUCGAAUUCUCAAUCUCCAUGAUCAAAUUGAAGGCCUCGUCUUUUGCGAUUACGCGGAGAAAGAUCUUAUCAGCAAACCAGAGCCUGAAUACUACCACAAAGCUCUUAGACAAGCAAACGUGUCCGAUCCCUCGAAAUGUUUCUUUGUAGAUGACAAUAGACGCAAUGUUGAUGCGGCGCGCGCUCUCGGCUGGAAAAACUGUGUGCACUUUUGCGAGCAUGGCUUAAACCACGUCGAAGGUGGCAAGGUCCAGCAAAUUACCAGUAGCACAAAUGGUGGCGCAGAUAAUGGAGUAGUUGUUAUAAGCGACUUGAAAGAAUUGAGGACAGUAUGGGCAGACAUAUUUACUUCUUGAAAUACCAUAUACAUGUAUCUAUACCUUUCUACAAUUUCUAGAGACCGUGCA